AUGCAGUAUGCGCUGGCAGCCCGGGGCUGGGUCAUCAUGCCCUGGAAUGAGUCGGCGCAGAUGCACGAAGACAAGGAGGUGCCUAUGUCUGGGCCCAAAGAUGCAGCCUUUCGCCACUACUCGGGGCCAGUGGGCAAGCCAGCAUAUGAGCUGAAGCUGAAAGCUGCGGACCGCAGCUUGGUUCGGGACCGCCCGGCCCAGUUCCAGGGCAAAGAUCCCAACUGCCAGAUCUGCUACAGCUCGGAGCGCUACAUGCAGCUCUGGGGGCCGGAGUGUACGAACCGCCUGGCCUUUGAGUAUUCGCCGCUGAUGCUGGAAAGAUACCACCCCAACCUGAAGACGCAGCCCUGCAGCGGUGAUAUCGGCAGUCUCUGUGAGCCUGGGAAGAUGCACAAGCACUUCGCAGGAGCGCUCAGCGUCGCUGGAAAUCCCACUCCCUCGCCACCAAGCAUAUCUGGUGAAGGUGAGCUCUACGGCUUCUACCUUCACGUCUUCCACUCACCUGCGGCGGUGAUCUAUCAGGUGCGGAGGCUCAAAGAAGUCUUCCCCAAGUCGCCGAUUUACAUCAUGAGCGACGGCGGCGCAGAUUUCGGGCCACUCUGUGAAGAAGAAGGCUGUACCUUCAGCAUGUGCCCGCCUUCCAACGACCGCUGGCAUCCCUGGCCCUUCUUCCGAAGGCUGUACGACGCGGCGCUAACCUUGAAGACGGAGUUCGUGAUCAUGUUGGAGCCUGACAACACGAUCCACGGUCCUAUCAAGAAGCGGCCGCAGCACGAUGCGGGCGGCGUGCUGGUCAGGGACCGCAGCUUUGCAGGGGCGGAUUAUGUGGAGAAGCUUUCAAAGAAGAGGGUCUCUGGCUACAAGCAGCUCGGCCGCUUUCAAGCCAUGCGCCUCCAGGGGACAGGCAUGAGUGUAGUAGAUGCGUUAGUCGCGAGGGUUCUGCAAGGCCCGAGACCACCGGGCUGGAGCGAGGAAGGGUUUGAGAGGGCCCGAGCUGCACAUCAGAUGUGUCAGGAAAUGCCCCCGGUGAUGGCGUGGCCUGAUGGAAGGCUUGUGACACAGGAUGCGGAUGGCGCUUUCCAGGUCGUUGGAACUUGCCCGAAGGCUGCGGAUUUCGAGGAGCGCCAAGAACUGCUCGAAUAUGAAAGAGCGGUCAUGCGCGAAGUCAUUGGAGCAGGGCGCAAUGGCACCUGGGCAGAAGAUGGCCAGAAGGAGGACGCUUAUUUUCCCCACGGCGCACGCGUUCUUGUGGUUGGCGACGGGGAUUUGUCAUGGAGCUGCAGCUUGAUUCGCGGAGGCCACGUGUGUGCGUCCAAUUUGACCUGCACGGUGUUGGAGAAGUCCGAGAAAGAGUUCUUGGAGCAGUAUCGGAGUGAAGAAGUCAGGGACAAUAUGGAUAUUUUGAUCGGCAGCGAUGCCAAGGUGCUUUUCAACACAGACGCUACCAGCACCCAAAUGGAUCUCUAUGCUCGUUGUCGCACGCAGCUCUUCAAUGUGAUCGUGUGGAACUUCCCCUAUGUGAAGACUUGCAAUGCAGAAGCCAGGUUAUGCAGCUCGGGGCGGAGUAAGGAGGAGCGAGAGAGCGGCACGCGGGUAAUGGUCCACAACUUCCUGCGAAACGCCCAGCUGACCCUUGAUGUCACUUUGGAGGUCAUGUUGGCCCCCCGGGAGGUCAAGGAAGCGGCGGAGGCAUGUGGUCUGAUGCUGCAGCGGUCCCGAGAGUUUCGCCCGGAGGACUUUCCGGGCUACUGCAAUCGCUUCGGCGACCGCCGGGAUGCCGACCGAAGACCGACCUACCUCAAAAAUGCGCCGCGCUACCACAUCUUCGCAGUUGGGGACACGAAGGAAGCGAGUCUGCAUGACCCACCUGGGCCGAAGACGAAAAAGAAGAAGAAGAAAGGCCAAGGAGGCCAAGGCUGCCAAGGUGUUAGCGCGGCCCAGUGCACCCAAUUCAGCGCAUCCGUGGAAUCGUGGGCUGACCUGGAUUGCACUGUGAGCAUGGUGUGCCCCGAUGGUGAAGGCAUGCGGGGAGAUGCAUUUGGAGCGGUUUGGUGGGGCAUGGAAGAGCUGGGCAUGUUCGUUCACAAAGUAUUUCCGGGCGAACCUUUGCACCUGACCAUCAAGGAUCAAAUCCCGCGACCAUAUGAAAUUCUGCCGUCUGGGAGCAUUCUGUUCUCGCCAGGUCAAGAGCACAAGGAUUUACUAGUCUUCAAGGUCUUAGACAUUGAUGGCAGCGGUGAGGACAUCGAUGCCCUCAACGAUAAGGUUGAAAAGUACGGACAGGUCAUCAUGGCCGAAGACCGCGUUUCCAAUUAUCCGAGCGUCCUACGUCGAAACGCGGGGCUGCAACUUCAGAUGACGGUGCGUAUUCGUCCCAUGAAGUUUCGGGAGCUGCCAGAGGAGACGCGUUGUCAGCUUCAGUGUAGUUGGCACGAAGAGUUACAUCAUCCUUUCGUGUCGAUUUGUCGCGUGCACCCGCGGUGGCAUGUGGACAACCAUCCAGUGCCCGACUACUUCACCACCACCCGCAUGUAG